GUAUUUCGUUUGGUGAGGUUGACUGUUCGCUACAGUACGUUUCGGCCACUGUCGACGUGUCUCUCCGUCUCUCUUCGCCGUGCGUGUCUGUCCCGACUUUAUUUACCUUUUAGCUGGCGUUCCACAAAGAAUAAAGAUCAACUGAAAGUUACAGCCGUGUAUCUUGCGGAUACAAAAGUGCGUAGAAAACGUAGAAAACGCAGCAAAACGAAGAGGAAAAGUUGGCGCAGCCCAAAAAGAAAGAAAAAAGCAAAGCAAAGUGCGCGUGUGUGUUUACGUGUGCGUGUGUGUGAGUGCGUGUCUUUUUCGUCGCUCCCUUUGCAAAAAAUAGUUUCUCCCAGAUACACGACAAUUACUUGGGAGCAAAGCAACAUAUAUCUAAUAGUUAUCAUCAUUAAUUUUUCUUAACAAUUUGGGUUUAAAAGAAAUUUUCCUCGUUGCGGAAUUUCUGUGUGACGUUCCGCUGCCCAAACGUUCCCCGCUCUCUUCGCGCUCUCUCUUCUUUUUUGGCUCUCUCGUGUCGCUUUGCCGCUUUCGGAUUUCAUAAUUUUGUCGCUUUUCGCUUUGCGUAUCUUUAUUUAUAUUUUGCUCCGCUUCCACUGCGUUUCGCUCAGUGUGAAUUUUAAUUGCCCACUUUUUGGAAAAUUCAAAAUACGAAAUUCGAAAUUCUUCACCCGCUGCCCCACCCCCCGAAAAAAACACCAAACAAUAUUAAUAGUUUUACAUUCUUCUCGCCCAAACAGUUUCUCUGACAAAAUACUAUAUGAUUUCACUCAAAAUCUUGGUGUAUAUAUUUUGUGCGAAAUAAAUACAAAUAAAAACCAUAAAUAAAAUCAAGCUAGCCUUGGCAAAAUCAUUGAAAAAUAUUUUUAAAAAAAUACACAAAAAAGAAGAGAUAAAAACCAAAUCGAUAUAAAGUUAUAUUUAUACACACAACGGUUUCACUUUGCAAGUUGUAUACAAAGUAAAAAUAACAAAAAAAAAGCGAUUUACAGUUAUCCACACAAAUUAAUAAAAUUGUUUGAUCGUUAAAAAAACCUCUCAAAAUGAAGUAAAACACAAAAAAGUGCAAAUCAAUGUGCAAAAUCAAAUUAUAUAUUCAAUAAUUAUCACAUAUAAUGCCGCCUAACAAACUAAACAACCAUGGAUUAACGCAUUUAUUGUAGAUUAUUAUCUAUGGGAUUAUACUUGAAGUCAGCGAAAAAGGUUUGAUCGACUUUUUUCAACGUAAAUCAUUAACUAAAAGUGUUUCAUUUACGUUUCGUACGCGAUUUUUAUGUGUAGACAUCAAAUCAACGACAAACCAGAAAUUAGCAGCAUUAUCAUCAGGAAAACCAGCAACAACAACGAAGGGCACAUCUAACGCUUCGGCUAACAGAUGAGCCCCAACAACAGAUGUCAAUUGCUGCAGCCGAAAAUGCAGGGCUUAGCCCAAGUGACUUACCAGAUCAUUGGGCCUCAGGUACAUCAAAUCCAGCGACCUCAACCAGCAGCAGCGGCAGCAUCAGCGCCAGCGGCAGCAACAUCAGCAGCAGCAACAGUAGCAACAGCAAGUACAACAGCGGCAACAUAUCGGUCUGCAACCUGCCGCGCUCUUCGCCGGCCGCUGCCACAGCAGCCGUUACAUUAUCGUCCGCCGGCGGCGGCAUUGGCAGCAACUUGUUGAGCGGAUUGCAUCACGGACUGGCGCCCGGAACGCAUCCAUUGCAGCGCGCGACGGCAGCCAGCGGAGGCGGGGCUGGUGCUGGGGGCGUGGCAGGCGCCUCGACAGCAGCGGCGCUUACACUCCAACAGCAGCAUCACCAGCAGCACCACCAGCAGCACCAGCAGCAGCAGCAACAACAGCACCAACAACAGCAGCAGCAACAAUUGGCCUACCAGCAACACCAGCAACUGCAGCAACAAAUCAAUUCGCAGCGAUCUAUUCAAAAUAAAGCGGCGGCCGCUGCUGCCGCACAAACGGCUAAUAUUGCAGCUGCACUGCAGCGAUCUGCCAUUAUGAAUGCAGUGGCAUCGCCGAUCUCAGCCAACUCUGCCAACUCAGCGACGUCCGGCCGAAAGAUACGACGCAAGACGGAUUCAAAGGUCAAUCUGCCUCAAUCACAAAUCAACAAAUGCAACAAUGAGAAGCGACGUCGCGAGGCAGAGAACGGCUAUAUCGAGCAGCUGUCGGAGAUAUUAACGCUGAACAAGCGUGGUGAUAUGACCUCAACGAAACCGGACAAGGCGGCUAUACUAAACCAAGUGGUUCGAACGUAUCGUGAGAUUUGUGACAAGGGCCAAAACCGUGAUAUAUCCUCAACGUCGACGAGCAACAACAACAACAACUCCACGACAACGACCAACAACAAUACGAAUAGCAACAAUAAUAACAACAGCAACAGCAACAACAAUAACAACAAUAACAAUAACAACACCAGCAAACCGCAAGCAACCUCAACGCGCUGCAGUCGCUGUGCCACGGACAACUGCUCGAUCCAUCCGGUGCAACAGGGCGAGGUCUCCUCGACGGAGCCACCGCUGUCGGAGACAUCUUUGCUCCUUGGCCAGGUGCCAGAGAUAUCGGCGUACUUUGAGGCACUCGAACACUACAUCAGCGGCGUCGGCUGGGUCCUGCUGCAGGUGAACGCCAACGGCAUCAUUGAGUCCUGCACGCAAAACAUUCGCGAGCUGAUCGGCUAUGAGAAGCAGGAGCUGUACCACCAGCCGCUCUACAUGUACCUCUAUAAGGGGGAUCACGCCAAGCUAGAGCCGAUCAUCAACAACAUGAACGUCAAUCCCAAUGGCGCUGGCGGUGGUGGUAGCUCCUCUGCCAGUGGCAGUGGUAGUGGCGCCACCGGAAACGUAGGCGUUUGGGGCGAUCUCGAGGAGCUGAACAAUGGCAAUGCCUCCCAGCAGUCGGCUGGCUCCAAUUCCAGUUCAGGUGGAGCAGCAGCAGCAGGAGGCGGAGGAGGAGGAGCAGGUGGCACUGCGGUGGGCAAGUCGAAGCGCAGCAUCUCCACGAAGGUGCGCAUGCUAGUCAAGGACACACGCACCGCCACCCAAACGUUGUCCAACUGUGAGGAGAAGUCACUGCGACAGUCGGGUCAUCAGGAUAAGUACGAGGAGGUGGUACUCAUAGCGGCUCCAGUCAAGGAUGAUGCGGAUGCCAGCAGCUCGGUGCUGUGCCUGAUCACCCGACCCGAGGACGAAUCUCCGUUGGAGAUCAACAUUCAGCAGCAUGUGCAACAGCAGCCGAUCGAGCAGAUGACCUUCAAGCUGGACAUCCACGGCAAAAUACUCACCCUCGAUCCCACUGCCCUGCGGGAGCCCUUCAAGCAGCACCUGCAGACGUGGGUGGGUCGCCUGUGGCAGGAUCUCUGCCAUCCGCACGACCUCUCCACGCUCAAGUCGCAUCUGCGCGACAUCCAGGACUCGGCCAGCGCUCAUUCACCGGGCGCCGGAGCGGGCUCCAGUGUGGUGUCGCGUCCAUUUCGCCUGCGACUCGGCGCCCCCGAUGUGUAUGUGCAUGUGAAGGCCAACUCGAGACUGUUCCUCAAUCAAACGCCCGGCGAGGGUGACUUCAUCAUGUCCGUGCAGACGUUGCUCAAUUCGGAGAACGACAUGAACAGCAGCAACACGGGAGCGGCGGGCACGGGCACGGGCACAGCCGGAGGAUUGGGUUUGGGGCAGCUGUGCGCCAUGGCGUCGAGUCCCUCGCUGGCCAGCUCACUGCUCAGCACCCUCUCGAUGGACGGAUUGGGAUCCGGUUCGGGUGCCUCCUCUUCGCCGGCCACUUCGGGCAUGCUGCCCACUCAUCUGCUGGGCGGACUUGUGGGUGGCGGUCAGCAGGGUGGCGGUGGUAACGGCACGCAGACAACCAGCGUGGGCGGACCGCUGAUGAGCAGCGCCAUCAUCAACGGCAGCACCAGCGGACUGCAGCAGCAGCAACAGCAACAGCAGCAGCAGCAGCGAUCCGGAGCCAGCUCCUCCGCGGCAAGUUCGUCGGUCAGUGCGCUGGUCAAUGCGUUUACCGCAUCGCCGGCCGCCGCGGAGCAUAGUUUCUAUGGCAGCGACACCUUCGAGUUCGACAUUGCAGCACAUUCCUCAUUCGACAUGGAUCCCAGCGGCGGCGUGGGCGCCUGGACGGAUUCGCGGCCCAAUUCGCGAGCCUCGGUGGCCACGCCGGUCAGCACGCCACGUCCACCAUCGGGCCACGGCUUCAGUCCGGCCGUGUGCGCCUCUCCGGCCACGCCCUACCAGCUAUCCUCGCACUCCGCCGCCAGCCUGCCUUCGCCGCAGUCAAAUGCCAGCGCCGGCGGCGGCAACUACGGUUUCAAUUUCCACUCCUUCGACGCGGGCGAUGUGAAGACCGAGAAGGAUGUCCAGCAGCAGCAGCAGCAGCAACAGCAACAGCAGCAGCAGCAGGGAAACAACAACAGUAACAGCAACACUAACAACGCUUUAAUGGGCGGUUUGCCAAAUGGAGUGAGUGGACUGUUGCUCUCCCAACAACAGCAACAGCAGCAACAGACUCCGCCGCAACAGCAGCAGCAGCAGCAACAGCAGCAGCAGCAGCAGCAGCAACAACAGGAAUCCUCAGAGCGAUUGCGCCAUCUGCUGACCAAGUCGCAGAGCAUGGCCGGCGGUCUGGGCGGACUGGGUGAGGACGAGAAGUACUUUAAGCCGGAGAUUACCGAUGACGAGAAGCUCGCGGGCGGUGGCUUCAAGAUGGGCGGUCAGCCGGGAGGCCUGGGAAUGUUCGGACCCAUGGGACCGAUGGGACGCGGUGGUGUCGGCAACUCCAGCAUGCUGCACAAGGCUGGUAACUCGCAGAAUCCCAUGCUGCUCAAGCUGCUGAACGAGAAGUCGGAGGAGGAUGAUGGCAACGGAUCGGGCGGUGGACCGGGUUCGAUGAACAACUCCCGCCAGAGCGAGCUGAUGCGCCAGCUGAAGAAUCCCGACGGCGGUGGUCAUGGCAUGCAUCGUGGCAGUGCCGGCGGCAACAUGAGCACCGAGGAUCUGAAGGCCAUGCUCAAGAUUCAAAGCGAUCCGUCGCUGCUGAGUCGCAAGCGAUCGCUGAACGAACCGGAUGACGACCCCUCGGCCAAGCGGUCGGAGGACAAGCCCAGCAAACUGUGCACGCAGAACAAGAUGCUGGCCAAGUUGCUGCAGAAUCCGCCAAAGAUACCCAAAGCCCCCAAUCCCGAGCAGCCGUUGCAGGUGAAGGUGCUGCCGGACAUCACCAGCUCCAGCAGUACGCUGGCCGCUCCCGGAAACCUCAUAAGUGCUGGUAGUACUGGGCCCAAAGCGGCCGCCAAUCGCAACAGAAAACAACAGCAGCAGCAGCAACAGCAGCAGCAACAACAGCAGCAGCAACAGCAACAAGCAGCCGGCAUUCCUUCCCAGCAGCAGCCAAACGAUGUCUACCUCAGCCAGCAGCAACAGCAGCAACAGCAGCAGCAACAGCAACUCCAGCCGCCGCAGCUGAACUUCCAGCACCAGCAGCAACUGGCGACCACAGCAACUACCUCAAUUACCACAGCGGCCUCCACUUCGGCUGCGGCGGCUGCAGCAGCGGCGGCAGCAGCGGCGACGGCUAUUCUGGGCGACGGCGACACGGAGUUGUCCAAGCUGCUGGACAGCGUCAUGGAGUACUAUCCGGAUGAUACUCCCAUUGUGACGAACGCACCGUCGGAGGCCUCGGCCAUCAGCGAUAUUCAAAAGUCACUGAUGCUGGACGUGGAGUCGGUUGCCUUUGGCAACGAUCUGAACCAACACCUCAUGAUGGGUCAGCCGCAACAGCAGCAGCAGCAGCACCAGCAACAACAGCAACAGCAAAUGUUGCUGGCGUUGCAGCUGGCCCAACAGCAGCAGCAGCAGCAGCAACAGCAACAGCAGCAACAGCGACAGCAGCAUCUGCAGCAACCGCCUGCCUAUCCGGGCAUGCUCAGUCUGCAGCAGCAACAGCAACAGCAACAACACCAGCAGCAGCAGCAACAGCAAACGCAGCAGCACAUAAUGCAGCGCAUGGAAGCCAUGCGCAAUCAGGUCAACCAGGGCUUCCAGCGACCACCGCCCAUGUACCCAGCCCGCGGACGUGGACCCAUGAAUGCGGUGGCCACUCCCGGGGGCGUGGUCCUGCCCGCCCAGCAGCAAUUGCGUACCAUGCGGCAGCAGCAACUGGCCGCAGCCCAGCAGAAGGAGCGUUUGCUGCAGCAGCAGCAGAAGCAACAGUUGCUCGUCCCCGAGAAUGCCACUGGCAUGAACGCGGGCUUGAACAACAUUGGCUCUUUGCUGAACACGACGGUGGCUCCGAACGUGUCCCUAUCCCGCACCAACCUGCCCUCGGACGCCCAGCUGAGUCCAAACUUUGCCCAGACGCUGAUGCAGCAGCAGCUGAGUCCUGGUCGCAGCACGCCCUACAGUCCGCAGCCCAAUCAAGGCUAUGCCCCUCAGUUCCCGCAACCUGGCCAACGUCUCUCCCCGCAGCAGCAGCAACAGCUCAACCAGCAGCAGCAGCAGCAGCAGAACAAUGCCCAGCAGCAACAGUUGGCCUACCAGCAGCAGCAACAGCAGCAGCAACAGGUUGGCGAUGGCGGUCGUUCCAACACUCCAUUUGGCUCUAAUUCGGGCAUGCAAUCGCCGGGCAUGCAGAAUAGCCCCCAGCAGUGGGGAGCUGGCGGAGGCGGGGCUGGCGGACCUGGUGGUCCACUGCCAGCCGGAAACGCUGGCCGAACGCUGCAGCAGCACAACCCCAUGCUCAUCGCUCAGUUGCAGGGCGUGAGUCCGUACAAUGCGCGUCAAUACCAACAGAACCAGAGACGUGGCCUCAAUUCCCCGGGAGCUGUUGGACCCGGCGGCGCCGGCAAUCCAUCAGCGGCAGCGGUCCUCCAGCGGCAGAACUCGUUUCAGGGUCAGGGCGGCGGUGGUGGAGCCACCACACCCGAUGGUUUCGGUGGCCCACAGUCGCCGUACGGCAGCAAUGUCAACGUUUUCCAGCAGCAACAAUUGCAGCGACUGCAGCGACAGGGCAGUGUGCCACAGGCAACCCAACAUCUGCCAGCCGGCGGUGGAGGAGUAAGCGGUGGCAAUGCCAAUUCCGAGUUCGUCAAGCAGGAGCUGCGGGCGGUGGUCAGUGUGAGGGCCCAGCAGGCGGCAGCGGCGGCCACGGGCGGUGCAGGAGGCGGCGGAGGAGGCGGCGUGGUUCAGCGGGGACAGACGCCGCAGAGUCCGCUGCAACAGGGUGGAAUUGUGGGCGGGGCCAACAGUACAAACGCCAUGGGCAAUGUAACGCCCACGGGCAGCGGCAAUGUCGGCAAUGUCGGCAACUCCAUGCUCAAUACGCCGCCAGAUCCAACGCUGGGCUUUAGUUUUGAGACGCAGGACUUCUUCACCAGCAGCGCCACGAGGUGACCCUAAGGUGGACACCACCGACCAACCCAGGAUCACAUUCAACCAAACUUCUCUUGCGCACGCAUUUAUGGCUCUAAAAACAACAACAAAAACAACAAAAAAUAAUAGGAAAUCAAUGGAUGAAACGGAGGGAGAAGGAGAAGCGUGUAAAUCUAAUUUAAAAUCUUAGCAG